CCUUAAUCUCUUAUUUACUCACAACGAAUUGAUUUGAUCUAAAUGGUAUAUAAACCCUUUUUCGCAACUCAAAAAUUAUUAGUACCUAGAUAUUGUGAAAUCUAUCAAUUCUGCAAUGAAAUCUUUAAAUUUAAUUUUGUUCGCUUUAUGCGGUUUUUUUGUAAGCAUUGAAUGCACUAAAGACGUAAAGUGCCCGAAAAAGAUUAAUAAAGAUGAUAUAGUUUUGCUACCAAGUAAUAAAAAUUGUUCAAGCUUCAUCCAAUGCCUACCAGACGGCUCCCAAGUUACAUUUUUAUGUCCAAGCGGUCUACAUUUUAAUCCCAAAAAUAAAGUAUGCGAUUGGCCUGCAAACGCAAAAUGCCAUGAUGAAAUCAAAUGCCCAUCAGAAGGAGCGCUCUUGCCAAAUCCAGGCGAUUGUACCACAUAUAUCGAAUGUUCUAAUGAUAUGCCUAUAAUAAUGCCUUGCCCCCCUGGUCUUUAUUUCAACAAGGAUACAAAACAAUGCGAUUAUCCGGAAUCAGCGAAUUGCACUUCUGAAAGUAUAGAUUAUGAAGUUGCUAAAAACCAGGAAAAUUUCAAUGAUGAUAUAAUUUCUAAAGGAAUUAGUCAUGAUAUAAACGCAAAAUGUCCAAAAAACAUUGAUCAAAAUGAAAUAAUUCUGUUGCCAAGUAGUAACAAAAAUUGUUCAAGCUUCAUCCAAUGCCUACCAGACGGCUCUGAAUCUACAUUUUUAUGUCCCAGCGGUCUUCAUUUUAAUUCCGAAACUAAACAAUGCGAUUGUCCCACAAACGCAAAAUGCGAUGAUGUAAUAAAAUACCCCUCAGAAGACACACUCCUACCAAAUACUGCCGAUUGUACCACGUAUAUCCAAUGUUCUAAGGGCCCACCUUUAAUAAUGCCUUGCCCCACCGGUCUUUAUUUCAACAAAUACACAAAACAAUGUGAUUAUCCGGAAUCAGCGAAUUGUAAUCCUGAAAGUAGAAUUUAUGAAGACGAUGAAGAGGAAUAUUACAAUGAAGAAACAGUUUCUGGCAGCAUUAGUAAUGAUAUAACUUUAGUUCAAGUUUCUUUAGCAGAAAUUUUCGAUUUUACCGAUAUUGAUGAUCCCCUGAACGCCGUAUUUCCUCAAAGUCAAAAAAUUCAGUUGAAAGUUACAGAAUGUAAAGUCAACACGAAAAGCGGCCUGAAGUACGGAUCUUGUGUCCCUUACGGUACUUGCUUGUUGUCGAGAGGAGCGCCUAAUGGAUUCUGCGGUUUGCUGCAGACUUGCUGCAUCUAUGAAAAUACUUGCGGCAAAAGCAGCAAUGCCAAAGUAAGUUACUUCGAAGAAACCGAAAUAUCUCCUGGUACCACUAAUUGCGACUAUAUUAUUGAAUUAAGAAACAAGAAUAUUUGUCAAGUAAGAUUGGACUUUAUUAAAUUCAAUUUAGCUCCUGCAGUACUUGCUCAGCCUCAAAAUUUAGGAAACAAAAUUUACAAAUGCAUUGACGACAUAUUGAGAAUAUCGCCUAACCAUUUCAAUAUACCCGAUUUAUGUGGAAACAACGACAAACAACACGUUUACGUGCACGUUAACCAAACGGACGGUGUAACAAAAGGAGUUCAAUUACAUAUGAUGCUGGCUAAUAGAAAUUACAACACUCAACUUUUCUCUCCAUCAUGGCGCAUAAAAAUUACCCAAUUAGAAUGUCCAGGUACAAGAGGAGGAAUCAAUUUCGGCGAUAACAAAGAUGUGAUCGAAGAUUUUCCUUUAUUAGCACCUUUGGGAGCUUUGCAGUAUUUUACGGAACCUACGGGCUACAUAAAAUCCUUCGGGUUCGACGGCUCAGUAGCUAAUCAAUUAAGCUACACCUACGGUCAAGAAUACGCUAUUGCAAUUAAGAAAGACAUCGGUGUAUGCGGUAUAAGAUUCGUUCCCGAUUACAUGUAUCUACCGCUAGAUAAUCCAACAGGAAUGAUUUAUAAGGAUUCCGAUUGCCAUCACUACUUGUACGUUCCAGAGCUGUACAUUGAAGAUAGUGCAUCAUAUGCUAAUACUUUGGUUUCAAAGUUAUGUCUGAAAAAUGCAGAAAAUUUUAGAUGUAAGAAAAAUUUCCUUUAG